GGCGUGGCGCGGAUUGGCCGCGGGGCGGGGCCGGCGGGGGUUUCUCCCGGGCUGCGCUGACGGCUGCGGUUGGGAACUUGGAUUCGGUACGUGAGCGGCGGGUGAGCGGCGGCCGUUUGGCCGGCAGAUCAAGAAGACAUCGGGCUGUUAUCCAGUUGUCGUGGUUGGAUUGCGUUCUGCAAGUCUUCAAGGCUUUCAGUGGCGUUAAAGGGGGUCAUUCUUGAAGGAGAUUCCCUAUGAAAAUGAACUUCAACAUUGGAUUUACCUGACCUCAAGUUGCAGCAAGUGUAAGCUGUGACAAUGACAACUGAAGUUGGCUCAGAGACUGAAGUAAAGAAAGAUUCUGAGCAGGUGGGACCAGACAAAGCCAAGGGCAAGCCUGAAGAAGCCUCAGAAACUCCAGGAAAUGAUAAGUCCAGGAAGGCAUCCUCUGAAGAAACUCAAGAUUCUCCUGUCCCAGCACCAACUAGCCCUAGUAGCCCAAGUAGCCAGAAGAAGGAAAAAGAUACAUCUGAAAGCAAGGGUAUUUCUCGUUUCCUUCCUCCCUGGCUUAAGAAACAAAAAUCUUAUACCUUGGCAGAGCCCAAAGAUGAGGCCAAGAAAAGAGCAACAGGGGAAGAACAAGUAGCUGAAGAAAGUGAAAGCCAUCCAUCUGAGGGGGUGGCUCAGCCAAAAAGGAGCUUAGAAACAGUGGCUAAAAAUAAUGCUAAAGCAGAUGACAAAGAAGAAAAACACUCUGUUAGUAGUGCAGAAACACAGCCUGCCAAAGAAGAUGGUAAAGAAAUGGAAGUAGAGAAAGUUGCAGAAGAAAAAGAAGAAAAGGAAAAAAGGGAAACAAAAGAAGUACAGACAGCUGAAAGUAUUCCCCAGAAGCCUCCUAAGAAAAUUAAAACUGUGCAGUGUAAAGUGGUGCUCCUAGAUGGCACAGAAUACAGCUGUGAUAUAGAGAAAAGAGCGAAAGGACAAAUUCUGUUUGACAAAGUGUGUGAACAUCUCAAUUUACUGGAAAAGGACUAUUUUGGGCUGUUGUUUUAUGAGAACUCAGAUCAGAAGAACUGGCUAGAUUCUUCAAAGGAAAUUAAGAGACAAAUUCGAAGUUUACCUUGGCUGUUCACUUUUAAUGUGAAAUUUUAUCCUCCUGAUCCUUCUCAAUUGACUGAAGACAUCACCAGAUAUUUCUUGUGCCUACAGCUUCGCCAGGAUAUCACCUCUGGUCGACUGCCAUGUUCUUUUGUGACUCAUGCCCUCCUGGGUUCAUAUACCCUGCAGGCUGAAAUGGGUGAUCAUGACCCAGAGGAGCACCGUAGUGACUACAUUAGUGAAUUUCAAUUUGCACCCAAUCAAACCCAAGAAAUGGAGGAGAAAGUAGCUGAACUACACAAAACACACAGGGGCCUGACUCCAGCACAGGCGGAUUCCCAGUUCCUGGAAAAUGCUAAGAGGCUCUCAAUGUAUGGAGUGGAUCUGCAUCAUGCCAAGGAUUCUGAAGGCGUGGAUAUCAUGCUGGGUGUAUGUGCUAAUGGACUGCUCAUUUACAAAGACAGACUCCGAAUCAACCGCUUUGCUUGGCCAAAAAUUCUGAAGAUUUCCUAUAAGAGAAGUAAUUUCUACAUCAAAGUCAGACCAGCAGAACAAGAACAGUUUGAGAGCACUAUUGGAUUCAAACUGCCAAACCAUCGGGCCGCUAAGAGGUUAUGGAAGGUUUGUGUGGAGCACCAUACUUUCUUCAGACUUUUAUCACCAGAACAGCCUCCAAAAUCAAAAUUUCUAACCCUGGGUUCCAAGUUCCGCUACAGUGGACGUACGCAAGCACAAACACGACAGGCUAGCAACCUUAUAGACAGACCAGCCCCUUACUUUGAGCGUUCUUCAAGCAAACGUGUUUCCAGAAGCCUUGAUGGUGCUCUCAUAAGUAUCUCAGAUCAAAGUCUGCCAAGAGACUUCCAUACUACAAGAGGGCAGCCUGGAGGAGAGAAAAUCCUUGACCUUGAAGCUGCUGGACAAGCCAAAUUGAAAGAAGGUGGCAGAGAAGAUGAUGGAAGCCCACUGAAAACUCCACAAUUAGAGUUGAUUCAGGAUGGAAAGAGCAAUUCGUUGAGAGUAGACGGGGAAAACAUUUAUGUCAGACAUAGCAAUUUAAUGUUGGAGGACCUGGAUAAGACCCAGGACGACUUAUUGAAACACCAGGCUAGCAUUAGUGAGCUCAAGCGCAAUUUCAUGGAAUCCACACCUGAACCACGCCCCAAUGAGUGGGAAAAGCGGCGUAUCACACCUCUGUCCCUACAGACACAAGGGAAAAAAGGAGACCACGUUUUCCAAGUGAAAGUGCUGCCUGGGAAAGAGAAGCAGUGGACUGCAAUGCCAUCGAUUGCUGGAACAAAACCAGAGGAAACUGAUAAGAGCCUAGAAGAAGAGAUAGCGUCCAUUUUAUUUAGCCAAGAGCGCUUUAGCGCCGGCCCGGACCGGCCCUUCGCCGCCGCCGCCCGCGCGGGGCCAGCAGAGGGCGCUGCGGGGGAGCAGACCGCCGCCUCGGCCCCGCCGCCCCAGAAACAUGCUUCCAGAGCAGAAGGACCUUGCACGGAAGUCAGCAAUGCUGAUAAGAGUUCACAUGAGACUCUGGACAUAGUGGAGGAGAAGAAGCAGGCAGAGGUUGGGAUAGAAGAAGCACUAGUCGUAGACGAAACCAACAAAGGGAAAAUACAAGUUGCCACUGAUGCUGGGGAAACAUGUGAGGUGGAGCAGUUGACAAAAAAGGACUCUUCUUCUUUGCCAUCAGAUAGUAGUAGCAGCAGCAGUAGUAGUGAGAGUGAGGAUGAAGAGGUGGGAGAAUACCAGCCACAACACAGGGCUGCUGAGGAUGUCAUCAAAGAACAGGAAGAAGAGGAAGAUGUGAAAAGGAAAGAACAUGAUGAAAAAAUACGACAUGUGGAAGCCACACCAGAAGUCAGUCAGCUAACUAUACCAGCUGAGUGCAUACAACUUGCAGCUGAAGAUUUGGUUCAGCAAAACGCAACUACCAUACUUACAGAGGAGAAGAAUUUGUCAGAGGAAAUUAAGCGAGACCUAGGUGAAGAAAAGGAGGAGGAACAGCUGAAACUCAAUGGAGAUGUGUCUCAUGUUGACAUUGAUGUUUCACCACAAAUAAUUUGUUGUUCUGAGCCUCCAGUAGUGAAAACAGAGAUGGUAACCAUUUCAGAUGCCACACAGAAAACUGAAAUCUCUACAAAAGAAGUUCCAAUUGUUCAAACAGAAACUAAAACCAUCACAUACGAAUCUCCACAGUUUGAUGGUAGUGCUGGCAGCGGUGCUGGUGUGCUGCUGAGUGCACAGACAAUUACAUCAGAGUCAAUUUCUACUACCACAACUACACACAUCACAAAGAUGGUUAAAGGUGGUGUAUCAGAAACAAGAAUUGAGAAACGAAUUGUCAUUACUGGAGAUGCAGAUAUUGACCAUGAUGAGGCUCUGGCACAGGCAAUCAAAGAAGCCAAAGAACAGCACCCUGACAUGUCAGUGACCAAAGUAGUGGUACAUAAAGAAACUGAACUUGCUGAGGAAGAUGAAGACUAAAACCUAAAAUGCCCUCAAGCAAACAUUUCAGAAACAAAAAUUAUGCUGGCCAUGAUCAUAACCUUGAAGAACUGUCAUCAUUCCAAGUCAUCACUACUCAACUGUGUACCAAGCCUAGCAAUGAAGAUCAGAAGUUUAAGAACGAGUUGCCAAUACCAAACUCAAUUUUAACAUCUUUGGCCUAUAAUCCCUUACAAGCUUUCUUGUGUUUUUUUUUUAUAACCACUUCCUAACCAGCUUAGUUUUUUUUAAUGACACUGUAGAGGGCAUGAUCUUCUUUUUCACAAAUAUUUGCAUUUUUGAAGCUGAUUCUUGAAUAUGAAAGUGAACAAAAGCAGGGGUCUGGAAAGCACUGUUCACUGGAGCAGGUGGUAAUUGUGCAGAAAAGGGGAUCUUAACUAUUUUAGGUGUAGUUUUUUUCCCAAAUAUUUCAAAUGAAAUCUCUUUCUGGAGUAAUUUUCAGAUUUUUUUUUUUUUUUUUCCCCAGAUUAUUCAGGUAAAUAUAUGGUUUCAUAUAACAAACUUUUUUGGUUUUUUUUUUAUAAAAAUACAACCUUUCCUAAAAUUUGAAAAUAUAUAUUUCUUUGGAUAAAUUUUAUACUGGUAUCUCCUGUAACUCUUUCUGUUCUAAGAUUCUCCUCUCUGUGGGGCAGAAAUGGUGUGGCAGACUGUAGAGGAGAAGGAGUUACGAAGAAAUCUCUUGACUCAGCACUGUGUUCUCUUUGCACUUUGGUGCCAAUACUCAACUUCUUGUAGACGUUUUGCUGUCUGCAACAUUCCAGAUAGGGAGAGAAGGAAUAUCAAAAUGCCUUCUCCCAACAAGAGAUCUAGGCAGCUUAAAACCUUAGUGCUUUUUUUCUUACUGUGUCCAAACUUCAACACUUCCAUUAUUUGAAUAUACGUGUAGAAUGCUUGCUUUCUAUUAAACCUCACUGCCUACAUGUUAGAACUGACAUUUGUUAUUGAGAAGGUAUAUGUUUCAGAUACUUUGUCUAAUGGUUAACGCAGGUUUUUAGGACACUCAGCAAAAGUAUGGGGUGGAUUCCAUUCAUAAAGUAGUAAGGCUACCAUCAUUUGAGACUGCCAUUGAGAAAACCUGUUAAUUAUUUUGGAUUUCAUUUUUAUUUAGUUCUUGGGGGGUUGUUUGUUUUUGGGGUUGUUUUUGUUUUGUCUUUGUUUUGCUGUUUGACUCUGUGUAUAGUUAAAAUGCCAAAUUAGAUUUAUAGCAGCUUGAAGUUGUAUUAAGUGAUAUUUUUGCUUCCUGUAAUUCUGUUAUAAAAUAAAGUUGUUUAUUCUCUGUA